AUGAAUGAAAGAGAAGAGCAACGGCAAAUCCGUCUUCAGAAGGAUAGAGAACGAAGUCGCUCCAGUCGAAUAAAAGAAACAGAAGAACAGUGCCAAAAUCGUCUUCAGAAGGAUAGAGAACGAACCCAAUCAAAUCGAAAAAAUGAAUCACAAGAGCAACGUCAAAUUCGACUCGAACAGCAAAAGAAACGAAGUCAGGUGAAUAGAACUAAAAAGAAAUUCGACAAACAGAAGAACGAAAACACUGGUACUGGACAAGAUUCUAUUCGUUCACCUUGGCCUGAACCAAUUCCUCGUGAUUUAAAAGACACUCGUUUGCAACAAUUUUUAGAACAGAUGUCCAUGUCAAAAUUGGCUGAAAUUACUUGUGCAGUUUGUAAUAUUCGUACUCCAGAAAAAGAUUCGAAAAAAAUACCAAUUUCAAAAAUUCCUAAUAUUCAUUUACUUAAAGUUUCUGAAGAAGUUAAAACUUUAAUUAAAAAUUCAGGUGAAAAUACUGCCAUCUUCACGGAUGAUAACAACAUACAGACAACAUCACAUAUUAAAAAUCAUUCGAAUUUUCGUUCGUCAUCUUUCUACUGUGAGAAUGAUAUUAUCUUGUACAAAAGCGGCUUAUUUCAAACAAAUCGAGUGCAGAUGUGUGUUCUUUGUCAAAAAUGCCAUAAUUCUCUUUCUAAAGAACAUAUACCAAAGUUUUCAUCUGCUAAUAACAUGUGGUUAGGUGAUAUACCUACUGAAUUACAGGGACUAACAAUUCCAGAAGAAAAAUUAAUCUCAUUUUAUCAUCACAAUAGCUGUGUAAUAAAACUUCAGUCACCUUUUCAUUCAGCUAUAACUGCUCAGACAGCAUUGAAAGGAAAUUGUAUUACUUUUCUUCAAAAUGUACCAAAUGUCGUCAAUAGUUUGCCACUUACACUUGCCGAUCUAUGUGAUACACUUAAAGUAAUUUUUAUUGGAGCUCGACCACCUGAUCGUCUUCAUCUUAAAAAAGUUUUGACAGUACGCAAGAAGAAAAUUAUUCAAGCAUUACAAUGGUUGAAAAAAUAUAAUAUACUUUAUCAAAACGUCAAUAUAAAUCUUGAAAAUAUUGCUCAAUUACCAGAAGAUGAUGUACCAGAAUGCAUCAUGUCAACCUUAGAACAAAAAAUAGGCGAUGAAGAAGCUCAAUCCGAAAGAACUGGAUAUGUUCCUGAUCCAUUAUUGAAUCCAAAAGAAUGCACUACUGCAGAUGUCAUACCUAUCAGUAACAGUGGUGUUCUCGAUGUCAAUGGCUCAUCGAUAUCUUCGGAUGAGAUUGCUAAUUACUUUUUGCACAAACUAAAAAAUAAUGAAAAUAAGGAUCAAACAGUUACUGAAAACGUCUACUUAAUUCCACAUUCGUCGAAACCUGUUAAUGAAUAUUUCAAUCCAAAAUUGUUAACAGGUUUAUAUCCAGCUUUAUUCUGCUAUGGACGUGGAGCAUCAGAAGAUCAAUCACGUCCAAUUGAAAUCAAAUUCAAAGAAUAUAUAUGUUAUCUAUUAUCUUAUAAUAAUCGCCGUUUUGAAACAAAUCAUAGUUUCAUAUCUGUGGUCUUCAACUUAUUGCAAAGACGUGAUGCUUGCUUUCAUGCUCAAUUAAUAGCAACAAAACCUUACUUUCAAGCAAAUGCUAAUGAAAUUCAUACUUUGAAUAGUAAAGAUAUUGAAAUGGCACUUGAUAACAAUUCCAAAAGAACGUAUAAUACAGGAUCAAACAGUGCAUUAAAUAAACUUCUUCAACAUAUUAAAACUGUUGGUGGUCGAGUUAUGGGUUCAGCAUAUUCAAGAACAGCUUUACGCACCCGAAUUCAUGGACUUAUCUUUAGUCAAGGUCUACCCAGUAUAUUUCUUACAUUAAAUCCAGCCGAUACCCACAGCCCUGUAGCUUUAUAUUUUGCCGGCGUUAAACUCAAUCUAGAUAACGUUCAAAAUGAACAACUUAUGGACACUUACAGAAGAGCUGAAAUUAUAGCAUCUCAUCCAGUUAGCACCGCCAAAUUUUUUCACUUAUUAAUUACCAAUAUUUUAGGUACUAUGAUUAUGGGUGGUGUUCUUGGACCAGUAAAGGCUUAUUUCGGUACUGUUGAAAGUCAAGGCCCAGGUUCACUUCAUUUACAUCUCCUUAUUUGGCUUGAUCAUGAUAUGAAACCAGCUGAUAUGAAAGAAAAAAUUCAAGAUGCUACUUUUCGUAAUAAGUUAAAAGCAUAUUUAGAAGAUAUUAUCAAAGAAGAUUUAGAUGAUUUCAAAGAUAAGCAAGUCAUCGAAUCUUCAGAUGGUAUGAAUUAUUUUUGUUUUAUUCGACCAUUCACCUUUCCUUUCUUUGUAGUAGUGCCGAGGUCAUUCAACACUCCUACACGAUUAUCACAAGACAAUAUUUAUACCGCUUUACGUACUAUUGAUUUGACAGGCUUUGCAGAAAAUACAGAUAAAUUUCCUAUUCCGUCAACACCGGCGAAACAAUACCAAUCUUCUCCAUCAAUUUCUUAUAGGUCUCCAAUAGUAACACCAUUGCCACAAACACCAGCACAUGAUCGAUCAACAAUCGAUAUGAAUAUUUCAUAUAAUCAAUUAAACCUACUUCCAGCUUGCUUACCUACUCCGAAUCCAUCAUCGCCUAAUUUUAUAUCACGAUUUCGUGCUGAUGUCACACAACUCGUUGAGUCGGGCAACACUCAUAAACAUAGUGACAGAUGUUACAAAUAUUAUAAUGCGAAUCGAGGUAACAAGAAGAUUUGUUGUAUGCGUAUGCCACGAAAACUAGUACCAGUGUCGACAAUCGAUCCUGAUACAGGUCAUAUUUCGAUGCGACGAUCAGAUCCAUGGAUCAACAAUUUCAACGAAUAUCUUAUUUCAGCUUGCCGUUCCAAUAUUGAUAUUAAAUUUAUUUGGACUGGUAGUGAUGCUAAAGCUUUAGUUUAUUACAUUACUGAUUACAUUACCAAGAUGAGUCUAUCUUUUCAUGAUACAUUUUCUCUUGUACAAAAAAGUAUCACAUCAUUACAAAAAUUCAAACAAUCAAUUAGAUAA